AUGAAGACUACAACGCACUCAAAACCCCCUCAAGAUAAGACUAUUUCGCUCUUAGUAUUUCUUUUCAGCAUGGUUGGAGUAAACUCAAGUCCUCAUAUCCCUUAUCAUAUUACUUGGCAGCUUGUUAAUUUAAAAACCGGGGCAACUGUUAAUAGCACCUCUGGCUUUAAUGUUCUUAGUGGUUAUUUUCCUGAUUUGUAUUUCAAUCUUUGCCAACUUUUUGAUGCUGAUACUGUAUGUAUUGGGAGGGGAGGAACCUAUGUCUGCCCCGGGGAAAAGAAUGGAAAAUCCCUUCCAGGCUGUGGGGGCUCCGAAGUAGGGUACUGUAAAAAGUGGGGUUGUGAAACCACUGGAAGUGUAUAUUGGAAACCCUCAUCUUCAUGGGACCUGAUUACUGUUAGGGCGGCUCCAGGUAUAACAUUUACCGAAUGCGGGGGUGGAGAUUGCAGUACUUGUAUGAAUGGAAGGCAGGGUAGAUGCCACCUCCAAAUUCUUCGCUUUACAGAUAAGGGAAAACAGGAUAAAUGGGACAGGCCUAAGUCAUGGGGCAUAUACUUGUACAGACCGGCCAAAGACCCCUUUGCCCUAUUUGCCUUAAGCCGGACAAUUACUGUCAUGACCAAAUCGGAUGGACCAAAUAAAGUAUUAACAGAUCAGAGGCCUGUGCGGGGGCCUGUUCAGAGACCUGUGCCUAGGGUUACAACCCCAAGACCCAAGGGCCAACCCCCGACCUCUCGCACCCCAACCUCGACCUCUCCACCCUCUCUGACGACAGAGAAACCUGUGAGUCCUUGCUGCUCGUCUCCUGCUUUCCGGCCGGGCACAGGAAACCACCUCUUAAAUCUAAUUUCCAUCUUAGUUAUACUACUGUUGGUUUCAGAACCUCAAGAUAAAAUUAUUUUGCCCUUAGUACUCUUUUUUUGCAUGGCCUUGACUGUAGCAACGCCUUCUUCGCCCAGCCCCGGAAAUUCCUCCUCACCCGGCACGGGGGAUAGGCUCCUCAACUUAAUAUAUGGGGCCUACCAGGCACUAAAUAAUUCUGAUCCCAACAGGAGCCAGGAUUGCUGGAUGUGCCUUGCCUUACCUCCCCCUUAUUAUGAGGGAGUGGCUGUCAUUGGAAAUUGGACUAACCAUACUACUGUCCCUCCCCGGUGCUCCGGUUUGCCAUCCCACCGGCUAACUCUUACAGAAGUAACAGGACAAGGGCUUUGUGUAGAUUCCGUUCCCCCUCGAUACCAGGGCCUCUGUAACAAAACCAUGACCAUUAAACCAGGCGCCUAUUACCUGACAGGGCCGGAUGGGUUAUAUUGGGCAUGUAAUACUGGCCUGACCCCCUGCUUGGCAGGACAAGCUCAUAAUCAAACUCAUGAGUGGUGCGUCAUGAUUGAAAUAUGGCCUCGGGUCACGUUACAUAGCUCUGAAGAAGUCUACCAACACUAUGAGGGAAAUCUCCGGUUCCGUAGGGAACCUGUAUCCAUAACACUAGCUCUUAUAUUAGGGGGACUCACAGUUGGGGGUAUUGGGAUAGGCAUAGGUACUGGAACUACUGCUCUACAUAAGACAAAUCAAUUCCAUCUACUACAGCAAGCUAUGCAUUCAGAUUUACGAGCCUUAGAAGAAUCUGUUAGUGCCCUGGAAAAAUCCUUAACCUCACUCUCUGAGGUAGUAUUACAAAAUAGAAGGGGACUGGAUUUGGUAUUCUUAAAGGAGGGGGGACUUUGUGCAGCCUUAAAGGAAGAGUGUUGUUUCUAUGUGGAUCACACUGGAGUGGUUAGAGAUAAUAUGGCAAAAUUAAGGGAAAGACUAAAACAGCGGGAGAGCUAUUUUAAGACAGGACAGUCAUGGUUCCAGGGCUGGUUUAAUUCAUCCCCUUGGCUUACAACUUUAAUUUCCUCUAUCGCAGGGCCCUUGGUAAUAUUACUCUUAAUUUUAACCAUUGGACCCUGCAUAAUAAAUAGGCUUAUUCAGUUUGUUAACGAUAGAUUGUCUGUCACCCACGCCUUAAUCCUAACCCUACAACACCAAAGUUUAAAAUUGGAGGACAUAGAAGACGGAUUUUAA